AUGGCGGAUGAUAAAGAAAAGGGUAACGAGGUUGACCAGAGUUACUUUGGUGAAGCGAGAGACUAUCACACGUUGUCAGUGCCAGUGAUGUUCUCAGGGUUGAAUAGGGAGAGGGAGAUGUCAGCCAUGAUAUCUGCUUUGACUCAUGUUGUCUGUGGAGAGGAACAUGCUCAUGAACACUCGUUUCUUCAUCAGAACAUUGAUAACAGUGGCAUUGGUGGUAGUGGUGGUGGUGGUGGUGAUGGUAUUACCGUAACAUCGAACAUGCCUUCUGGUUCCAUGACACCAUCCUUUGCAUGUUCAUCUUAUUUUGGAAACUCUGUUCUCAAGAGAAGGAGGGAAGGUGACGAUACAAGUGAUCUCUCGCGUGGAGCGUCAUGCCCUGCUAUUUCAACAUCAGAAUUAAAAAGGUUAGGUGGUAGGCUCCUACAUGAGUAG